UUUUAUUCCCUGCUCCUGUUAUCUUUCUUUUAUCCGUUUCCCUACUCUCACAUCAAAUGCAACAAUUUACAGCCUUUGGGUAACCGUUUCGAAAACGCAAUUUGCAGACAGAAACCCCUUUGUUACUUUUGAGUGGAACGUAAUUUUGAAAGGGUUUUAACGGUUAUCCAACAACCCAAAUCAGAUCCCCUCUUUCUCUUUCUUAACCCUCCACACUUCUUUGGGACAAAAAUUGUAUACUUUGCAUUAGAAAUAAGCCCUUUGUUAAGCCAAGUUAUCCAUUACUUUCCUUUCACAGCCUCACUACAAACAAAGAUGUUUACCAUGGAAAUGUUUAAGAAACCUUUCUUUGCAACUACUUUUGUUUUGUUUAUGAUCCUUUGCGAUGUAUCAUUGGCGACAAAAGAUAACCAAAAGAAUACUUACAUAGUCCACAUGGCCAAAUCCAAAAUGCCAGCAAGCUUCAACCACCAUUCAGUUUGGUAUAAAUCGAUUAUGAAAUCAAUAUCUAACUCAACAGAGAUGCUCUACACCUAUGACAACACAAUCCAUGGAUUGUCAACAAGAUUAACACUGGAAGAAGCCCGAUUAUUGAAGAGUCAAACUGGGAUUCUAAAGGUACUACCAGAGAAAAUAUAUAAGCCACUCACAACUCGAACACCAAAAUUCCUCGGGUUAGAUAAAAUCGCUGAUAUGUUCCCUAAAUCAAAUGAAGCAAGUGACAUCGUUAUCGGACUCCUCGACACUGGUGUUUGGCCCGAAAGCAAGAGCUUCGAAGAUACUGGACUGGGACCCAUCCCUAGUAGUUGGAAAGGCAAAUGUGAAUCAGGUGACAAUUUCACUACCUUAAAUUGCAAUAAGAAAUUGAUAGGAGCCAGAUUCUUCUUAAAAGGUUACGAGGCUUCAAUGGGUCCCCUUAAUGCAACCAACCAAUUCAGAUCACCACGAGACGCUGAUGGCCACGGCACCCACACCGCAAGCACAGCCGCAGGGUCUGCAGUGAAAGGCGCCAGCCUAUUCGGCUAUGCUUCUGGGACAGCACGUGGGAUGGCCUCACGUGCCAGAGUCGCUGUUUACAAGGUUUGUUGGGGAGAUACUUGUGCUGUUUCGGAUAUAUUGGCUGCAAUGGACGCAGCCAUCUCCGACAACGUCAAUGUCAUUUCUGCAUCACUCGGAGGCGGAGCAAUCGAUUACGAUGAAGAAAAUCUUGCUAUUGGAGCCUUUGCAGCAAUGGAGAAAGGGAUUGUAGUUUCCUGUGCUGCAGGAAACACGGGUCCUGAUAGCUCUUCUCUCCAAAAUAUAGCACCUUGGAUGAUCACCGUGGGAGCUGGCACACUAGAUCGUGAUUUUCCGGUAAAUGUUAACCUCGGGAAUGGACAAAACUAUUCUGGAGUAUCAAUUUAUGAUGGUAAAUUUUCACGCCAUACUUUAGUGCCACUCAUAUAUGCUGGGAAUGCCAGUGCAAAAAUAGGUGCGGAGUUGUGUGAGACAGAUAGCUUGGAUCCAAAAAAGGUUAAGGGAAAAAUUGUGUUGUGUGAUCGUGGAAAUAGUUCUAGGGUAGAGAAAGGACUUGUGGUGAAAUCUGCCGGCGGUGUGGGCAUGGUGUUAGCAAAUUCGGAAUCCGACGGAGAGGAAUUGGUGGCAGAUGCCCAUCUUUUACCAACAACUGCAGUGGGUUUCAAGGCUGGGAAACUCAUCAAGUUGUACUUACAAGAUGCUCGAAAACCAACAUCUAGGCUUAUGUUUGAGGGAACAAAGGUUGGAAUUGAGCCGUCGCCAGUUGUUGCAGCAUUUAGCUCUCGGGGCCCAAACCCAAUAACACCAGAGGUAUUGAAGCCUGAUUUCAUUGCUCCAGGUGUCAACAUCUUAGCCGCAUUUACGAAGCUUGUGGGUCCCACUAACCUUGACCAAGAUGAUAGGCGCGUGGACUUCAACAUAAUUUCAGGUACAUCCAUGGCAUGCCCUCACGCAAGCGGUAUAGCAGCUUUGAUCAAGUCAUUUCAUCCAGAUUGGAGCCCAGCUGCAAUUCGGUCUGCGCUUAUGACCACAGCUUAUACAACUUACAACAACGGUAAAAAAUUGCUAGACAGUGCCACAAAUGGCCCGUCAACGCCGUUUGAGGUCGGUGCUGGACAUGUGAACCCUGUUGCUGCGCUUAAUCCAGGUCUUGUCUAUGAUUUAGCAGUGGAUGAUUAUCUCAACUUCCUUUGUGCACUAAACUACACACCUGAUAGGAUUGAGGUUGUGGCGAGGAGAAAGUUCAGGUGCAAUGCACACAAGCACUACAGUGUAACCGACUUAAAUUACCCUUCAUUUGGUGUGGUGUUUAAACCAAAAGUGGGAGGGUCCGGUGCAACGAUAGUUAAACACAAACGAACUCUUACUAAUGUAGGGGACGCAGGAACAUACAAAGUAUCAGUUACAGUUGAUAUUUCAUCUGUCAAGAUCGCAGUUGAGCCAAAUGUGUUGAGCUUCAACAAAAAUGAGAAAAAAUCAUACACAAUCACGUUUACGGUUUCAGGUCCACCACCGCCAAGUAAUUUUGGUUUUGGACGUUUAGAAUGGUCAAAUGGAAAGAAUGUUGUCGGAAGUCCUAUCUCAAUUACCUGGGAAUCGGGACGUGCAUGAAAACUGUAAAAAUGUUGAUCAAAGCCUAAUGGAUGUAGUUAUAAUACAAUAAAGUUGAAUGUUACAAUA